UGUAAAUCUUUUAAUCUGAGAGCACUGGAGCCAGAAAGGAUGAUAAUUGUAAAGUUUUUAAACACCCUGCAACAUGAAAAGGCAAAGCGAAAACCAGACACCACCAAACACCACUUGUUUUACGUACAGUCUUGACGUAGCUUUUGUUGUAGAGUUAGUGCCUGUGAUAACUGCUUAAUGUGUUGACAGAAAUGUGCACUGUCUGAAUUGGUGACACACAGAAGCAUGUACAGAGGGGACUUAGGUGAUUUUGGUCAAGAAGGAGGGGAAAAAAGAACUACAGGUUUUCAGAUGGUGCUGCAGACCUCCAGUAUGUAGAAACGUGCUUCAGAACAUAGAUAUUUUUAUUUAGUGUUAGCCAGUACCAGUCCAAUACUGGCUAGAACCUCAGUGGUGAGAAGGUGUGGAAUUUAAUCAAUGCAGAGGACAGAUCGCUUUAGAUGGAGAGUUUGCGGUUUUGAAUAGGUGAGAUGAUGUGAACUGGAAUUGUGCUGAGGAGGAGGAAGUGAAAGUAGUUCCUGCUCUGUGGGAAAUGAUCUGUGAGACCUUUUAGUCGUCUUGUGGCCAGACAAACUUGAGAUGUUGAGAAGUUCAGCUGGGCAGAACAAAGUCUUGUUUUGUUUGCAACAGUAAUGAGGAAGUAGUGGUCAUGAUGGGGAGUUGGCAAGGCGGGAAGCUACUGCUCUGGAGGAAACAGGAAUACGAAAGAGGAGUGAAAGAUGUGCUGAAAAAGAGACUCAAAAACUAUUACAAGAAACAGAAGCUAAUGCAGAAGGAACCCAUUAAUGGAGACAGCUACUAUGAUUACAUCUGUGUUGUUGACUUUGAAGCAACAUGUGAAGAAGGAAACCCACCCGAAUUCAUACAUGAAAUAAUUGAGUUUCCUAUUGUCUUAUUAAACACACGUACCUUGGAAAUAGAGGAUACCUUUCAGCAAUAUGUGAAGCCAGAAGUUAAUCCCAAGCUUUCAGACUUCUGUAUUGGUCUGACAGGAAUCACACAGGACAUUGUUGAUAAAGCUGACACAUUUCCUCAAGUUCUGCAGAAUGUGGUAGAGUGGAUGAGACGAAGAGAACUGGGAACCAAGUACAGCUAUUGCAUGUUGACAGAUGGAUCUUGGGACAUGAGUAAAUUUUUGAACAUCCAGUGCCGUGUUAGUCGUAUCAAAUACCCUUCUUUUGCCAAAAGGUGGAUCAAUAUUCGCAAAUCAUAUGGGAACUUCUAUAAGGUUCCAAGGAAUCAGACCAAGCUGACAAUCAUGCUGGAAAAGCUGGGGAUGAAUUAUGAUGGGAGACCUCACAGCGGGCUUGAUGACUCGAAAAACAUUGCAAGGAUAGCUGUAAGGAUGUUGCAGGAUGGCUGUGAACUGCGGGUGAAUGAGAGAAUGCAUGCUGGACAGCUUAUGACAGUGUCCUCCUCGGCCCCCUUAGAGGGAGCCCCUGCUCCACAAAUGCCUCGAUACAGAAACUAACAGUUCAGAGAAUCUGCCUUAGGGUCUGCUCUGGGAUACCCGCUGAAAGACUGUUCAAUGGCCACCUCUACCAAUCUGUCUGCAAUGCAGAAUCUGAAAGCACCUUACCUAAGCUUCUCUGUUGAAAUAAAGAUGAGCGUGGAAGCUCUUUGCUCUUUGAAA